AAAACCUAACGGCUCUGCGAGCGCAGGGAGGAGCGGCGCACAGUGACCUGAAUCUCCGCGCUGGCGGAGAACAAGCGGGACGUGGGGGAACAACGCCGAUGGACUCACGGCCAGCAACAGAUGCCAUGGCUCUCGGUUUAGACUCUUCGCGUUGAAAUGUGAAGGAAGGAGGAGAGAUUUGAAGUCCGAGCGCGCCGCCGAUUCGUUGUUAGCCUGUCAUCGUGUGUUGUGAUUGUGUCCUGUCAGUUCGCCCGCCCGCCUGUCAGCCUGAGGGGAGACGUGCUGCGCGGCGUUCCCGGGUUCUGCUGUGGUUUUUUGGUGUAUUUUGGGUUAUUUCAGGCCUUCUGCUCCUGUUUUUCCCUCGGCGGAGGUGAACCGAGGCGUUCAGGUCGCCCAUGAUCCGUGCUGGAAGAUGGGUUCGCGGGUCUCAUAGCCACAGCAGCAGCUGCUUCAGUCAGACUUGACAACCAGCCGCCUUUUGUUGUUAUUGUGAAUCACGUCAGACCGGCGGAGUCGACCUGUGGGGUUUUUUUUAUUUUACUUUCAUUUGUUGUUUUUUCUCCCCCACCUACCCACCUACCCACCUACCAACAUCAUCUAGCUACCCACGGCCAGUUUGGAUGGGGGGCAAACAGAGCACGGCGGGGCGGCCCCGGGGAGCCUUUCCCGGAGUGUCGACGGACGACAGCGCGGUGCCGCCUUCGGCCCACUUCGGCCACUACCGAGCCGGAGCCGGCGGCGGCACUAUGGGGCUCCGCAGCCGCUCGGUGAGCUCCGUGGCCGGCAUGGGCAUCGACCACAACGCCGCGGUGCCCUUCGGCUUUUACACAGCGCGGGGCGCGACCACGGACUCGGAGCGGGCCGGAGGCGGAUCGGGCUCGGAUUCGGCUCACGGAAACGGCUACCAGGACACAACCGGCGCUGGGCACCACACGGACGGCGUGCUGUACCUGGGCUCCCGCGCCUCUCUGGCGGACGCUUUACCCCUGCACAUCGCUCCCCGGUGGUUCAGCGCACAUAGCGGCUUCAAGUGUCCUGUUUGCUCCAAGUCAGUGGCGUCCAAUGAAAUGGAGGUUCACUUCAUAAUGUGUCUGAGUAAGCCCCGCCUCUCAUACAACGACGACGUGCUGUCGAGAGACGCGGGAGAGUGUGUGAUUUGUCUGGAAGAGCUGCAGCAGGGAGACACCAUCGCCAGACUGCCGUGCCUCUGUAUCUAUCACAAAAGCUGUAUAGACUCGUGGUUCGAGAUCAACCGCUCCUGCCCAGAGCAUCCUUCAGACUGACCUCCAUUCACUAUUACUACUGCUGAGAAAGGGCACUUUAUGGACCUAAACCUGGCUAUCUGGACACUGAAUUAACCAAAUAAAACAAUCAAGCUAUUUAUCGAUUUGAUCAAACCUGUGGAGAUUGCGAAACUGAACCAAAUAAAAAGAAAACAACGGCAUCGAGCCGACACCAUCACGUCCACACGAGUCCAAGAACCCCCCCCACCCCUGCUGCCACACUAGCUAGAGAAUCGCCAACUGCCCCUCAUUUCAACCAGCGCUGGAUUUUAGCCCCCUAGACGCUCUCUGUCCCCCCGGCCCUGGAGCUGGGCUCGGCCCGACACACAUCCCCGCGUUCGUCUGGUCUUUCUGUCGGAGAGGAGGAAGAGGAGGAGUUCCCUGUGAACGGAUGAAGGGCUGUAGGCCAACGGUGACGGAAACGGGACCGCACAGACCGACCAGGCCGAUGGCCAUCAGCUCCACUGGCGUGAAUAUGCUAAUUAGACGGGCGUGGCUUUGUGCUUCAUGUUGUCCUUAUUUGAGAGACGGCGUGGGGGCGGAGUUAGGUGUAGAAUCGUACCUGUUCUUUGGGAUGAAUGUAAGUUUGCACUUUUUUGUGUGUGAACAUUUCAGUCAGUGUGUGUGUGUUUCGGAAUGGGGAGGUGUGUGUUUUGUGUGUGUGUGUGUGUGUGUGUGAUUGGGAAGAUGGAGGACAGAGUUGUGUUUUUCAAAUGUUUACAGUUUACAGUAGAUGUCUAAUAUCUCCUCGAGUCAAAAAAGUAAGCACUCAUAGGCUUCUUUUCUUCUCAUCUGAAAGCGUGCGGUCAUUACAAAGUGCUGACCAUAAUCAAAACAGUUACCUUGUAAAGGCCUUGAGUGCGUUUACUUCGUAUAUGUGCGUGUAGCCAGAGCUUCGGCUCACGUCCCCACGUUUCUGUUCGAGACUGGCCAGGCCGUGUCUGGAAAGCUACCGUUGCUUCACAAGUGGAUGUAAAAAAAAACAAAAAACAAACAAACAACAACAAAAAAAAAACCCACAAAACAGACGGACGGAUGGACUGACAGGCA